AUGUCCACUCAGAACCAUACGCACAGUAGGGGCGGGAGCAGCGCUGAUGCAGAUGGUGCCGUUCGAACUCUAGGCGAUGUGAUGAGAGCAGGACCGACCAGUUUCCCUGAUGUCAUUGUCAUCGAUGAGACACACGAAGAGAACAAACGAAAAGACGAUCCUAGCCCGAGCGAAGAUUUGUGGCUAAGUUCAGCAGACGGUCGAUACAACUCAACCAUCAUCCCCUUGCGAGUUGGACGAGCGCCGAAUCAAGAGGUUUUCCAUGUACACAGGAACAUCUUGCUAGCCGCGGAAUAUUUCCGAAAAGCUCUUUGCGGAGACUUUAGAGAAGCUGAGGCGCAAUCCAUGGACUUUCCAGAAGAGGAUCCGGCCAUCUUUCACUUUCUUGUCGCCUUCCUGUAUCAAAGAAGCUUCGUGCCUAUCAAGCCAGCAGCGUCAGCGUUGGAUGUUGAGGCAUCAGAACGAGGAAAAGCACAAGACUCUGGCUAUCGAAGCGAUUCGGAGUCGGAGGUCUCAUCGUCGGAGGCCAGCGAUGCCAGCGCCAGAACCAGGCACACACCGCCCAGAUUGCAGAUGUCCGCGCUGCACCACAACCACCGGACCGCCAUGCUGGAACUGUGGCGUUGGUCGCGCAAGGCCGAUUCCCGGCCACCUUCCGCCGCAUAUCAUCAAUCCCUUGCCACCAGUGCGGCCCAUAGGCUUACAGCCACACACCGACAACAAGUCCUUACACCGCCAGGGUCAACGCCUUCAGUCGGGGUGCCAUUCUCUGUCAAUGACGAGUACGCGGACGGCGACCGCAUACGAGGCGAAGACAUGCGGACUUUCUUGCUCACAUAUGAGCUAAGCCUGGAGGUGUACAUUGUCGCCAAUAAAUUUCUCAUGGACGAUUUCAAAACCGUGAUCCAGCGUCACUGUAUCGAUAUGCUCGAAUCCGCCGGGCCUGACGCAGCGCAGUCGAUUGUGUUGCAACUUUGUUCGAAGCUCUACGCCGGC